AUGUCCGUCGCCGUCGCCGCUCAGCCCGUUGCCCCGCACCUCCAGUCCGCGGGGCCCUCGACCAAGACCUCUCGCGUCACUGGUGAGAUCCUCACCUCCGGCCAGCACGAGCCGAACCACGACGACAUCAUUCCCUACGCCCAGUUCCCGAAGGAGGUUACGGGUCGCACCGUUUGGACUAAGGAUGACUUCGCCGACACUUCCAUCUGGAAGCACCGCUGGACGCCGGAGCAGAUUCAGGAGCUCGAGGAGGCGUACGACCGCUUCGCCGAGACUGGCCUUCCCCUGACUGCCGUCAACCGCGAAACCUUCCCCUUCUCCAAGAACAUCACCGACUUCCUCCUCAAGCUUCGCGACUUCAUCGUUGACGGCCCCGGCUUCACGCUGAUCCAGGGCCUUCCGGUCAACGAGUGGUCUGUUCCCAAGUCGAGCGCUAUCUACCUUGCCAUUGGCUCCGUCAUCGGUGUUCCCGUCUCCCAGAACCACAAGGGCCACGUCCUCGGCCACGUCAAGGACCUAGGCAACGACCCCACCCAGAUCGACAAGGUCCGCAUCUACACCACUACCGCCCGCCAGUUCUUCCACACCGACAACGCCGACAUCGUCGGUCUCCUCUGCCUGCACCGCGCCAAGGAGGGUGGCGAGUCGGACGUCGUCUCGGCCCAGCACGUCUGGAACACCCUGCAGCGCGAGCGCCCUGAUGUCGCUGAGAUCCUCUCCCAGCCCAUCUGGUACUUCGACCGCAAGGGCGAGGUCUCCGAGGGCCAGAAGCCGUGGAUCCAGAAGUCGGUCUUCUACUGGCACGACGGCAAGCUCCUCUCCGUCUACGACCCCUACUACGUCAAGUCGAUCCAGCGUUUCAUCGACGCUGGCCUGAUCCCCGGUCACUCCGAGGCACAGAAGGAGGCCUUCCAAGUGCUCGAGGACACCGCCCUCCGCCUCUCGCUCCACAUGGUCCUCGAGGUUGGAGACAUCCAGUUCGUCGCCGACACCCACGUCUUCCACUCCCGCACCGCCUACAUUGACCACCUUCCCCCGACUCCCCGCCGCCACCUCAUGCGCCUCUGGCUCGCCACCCCUGAGUCCGAGGGCGGAUGGAAGCGCCCCUUCCCCGACUCGGCCCACCCGAGGCGCGGCGGUAUCCAGGUCAACGACCAGCCCGCUACCUGCCCCCUGGACGCGGAGUAA